AUGUUACCGGGAAGCAGCAACAGAGACAGAUUGAGUGCUAAAGCUUCUGUUACCGCGCGAGGUCGUGGUAGAAAGAAUCUUGGUCGUGGUCGUAGUUCAUUGGUGAUUGUCAACGAGGGGAGUGGAAGUUUUUCAGAAUUAACGGGCUUAACGAAGCUCUUCGAUGCGCUUCGCGUCUCUGUUUGUUCGUCCCAGUCUCUGUUCGGGUCUCUCCUUCAGCAUGGCUCUCUCUUAGAGCCUUGUACCUUUAUUGAGAUUUUUUUUAGGAUGGGUGUAGCUUUCUUUCAUCCGAGGGAUAAGAAGGGUAAAAGAAUGAAAGCUAUUGAAUCUAAGCCAAUUGAAUCAGCAACCGCUGGUACAGAGUUAGGAAGCGAUCUGAGUAGUUCUGGUAGCGCCCUGGUAGCCAAUGAGCGCUUGUCUGGUGAGGAGUUAACCUUCUUUCUGGCUGAUUCAAUAUCACCGGAGUCUGCUCUGGGUUCCAAACCAGCAGCGAAGUCUCUUUUCUACGAUACACUGGAAUCAGGGGUCCACGGCCGUCUAAAUCGACAGAGACCUGUACCUCAUUCUCAGCACCCCUUACAGUCUCGGGCUAUUUCGCCCUUAGCUCGGCGUUCAUCUUUCCGGUCUAGCUCAACGACGAGCUCUUUAGAUGUUCAGUCUGUUCGGACGGAUAUGACGUUGCAUGUCAUCAUCAUGGGAACCUCAUCAUCGCUGGUAUCCUCGGGUCCCGACAGAUAUCCGUCUGCAGGCUUAGAGCUUUGCCACCAAUGA